AUGGGUGCAUUCGAGGAGCUGCCUCUAGAGCUCAUCUUGUCCGUCCUCGCCGGCGUGUUGGCCUCCGCGGACAAGCUUGCCGACCUCUUCUCCACCAUGCUCACGUACGUGUACUGCAGCCGUCCGGUUUUGGCAGGUGCAAGGUGGCGUCGGCGUGGUGCGUGGCCGUGCGCAGCAAGGUGGUGCCUCGCCGCGCACGAUUUCCUCCGCAGCUGCGGCGACGCUGGCAACCCUGACGCCAACUACCUUCUCGGCAUGAUUCGGUUCUACUGCCUCGCCGAGGGCCAUCAGGGCUGGUCGCGGAUGAAGAAGGCUGCGAGGUCCGGCCACGCGGAGGCAAUCUACGCUCUCGCCAUCAUCCGGCUAAAUGGCAGCGGCGGCAUCACGGCUGACGACAGAGGCCAGCACACCGCCGCGCACCUGUGUAUGGCGCCGCACUGGCCGCCGCCGGCAGGCCGCCCGUCUGCACCUCCGCCACCGCCGGACCCUUCUACCUCCGCUGGGCUGCACCACAUCCUCGACGCCGGCGCCGUCGCUCUUGCCCACUGGAGCUCACGACCCCUACACAGUCGGCCGCCGCCCCUCACAUGCCAAGCUCGGGCGAGCAGCGGCGGGCGCGGCCGUGCCCCCAACAAGCUCUCCAAGAUCAAGGUGGUGCGCACAUCCGUCGCGCGCGUGCUCACCGUGAUCUCGCAGAAGCAGAAGGCGGCGCUGUGGGAGGCGUACAAGAACAAGCUGCUUCCGCUCGACCUCCGCCCCAAGAAGACCCGCGCCAUCCGCAGGCGCCUCACCAAGCACCAGGUAUGUACGCCAUGCUCUUCUCUCCCUUCCUACAACGCCUACACGUAUUGUGUUGUUACCUUGUUGAAACUUACGAUUUGACGGAGGUUUUAAUGUUGUGUGGUAACCCUAGUUAUUAAUGUUAGAUGUGUUCAGUGAAAUUGAUGUGCGUCAUGUAAAUGUGGGUCAAAUGUACUUGUCCAAAAUGCCAUUUUUAUGUAUUAGUAGAAAAGAUGGGUAUACUUCAAAAAUUGUUAUGGAUGGUUGCAGUGUCAUUUAAGAUGUAUGUGUGGCUUAUUCAAUAGUUGUUUGCAAGUGAUUUGUUUAAUUCGUUUCUUCUGCUGUUUGCUAAUUGGCUUGCGACGUCGCCGACUUUAUUGUUUGGAAAGUGAUUCUGUGUUUGGGUUCAACUUGGCGUAGUGUCAGUGUGUUGUGUGUUUAAUUGCCAGUGAAAUUGCUAGGUGGCUUGAGUAUUUACUUCGUUUGACUGAAUGCAAUAUUAAGCAGUCUAUAUUGUUCAGCUCCAAUCCAAAGGCAGAAAUGAAUAGAGAUGUUUGGUGGCACAAGCGAGGAGAAAACACAAUUGAUUUAAUUAGUACUACUCCUACAAGAAUAUUGGAUUCAUAAAUGGCUUGAGGUUUUGAGUGAGCUGGAGAAAAUAGUACUGGUUGAAUUAGUAGUACUCCUACAAGAACAUAAUAUUCACAAAUGGCCUGAUGGUUUGAGUGAGCUGUGGUUCUUGUCUAAU